CCAAUGGAUCGAUGUUCGAUCGGCCGGCCACCUCCAUAAUUUCCACUCGGUGCAGAUAAUGCCGCAGAAAUAAGAUAGUCGGUGUCCGUUCGACUCGGCGUGGGUCUCAAGGUGAUUCGCCGGGAUCCCCGAGCCGCGCGGCGACGUAGACCGCACGUAGCUCUUCUCCCAAGAUGUCCCGACCCCAGACAAAUGUCUUUUCGUUGUUCACCUGCCAUCUCACCUGAAACAGCGUGAAUCGCACUACAGUUCUACGCUCGCUUUCAGUUUGAAUUUUUGCUCCAUCGCGCCCAGUAUCUUCUUUCGCGUGUCUGGCUAGCGACGAUCGAUUUCGCGGCUUCGCACCUACAGCAAAAGAUCCGUCGCGCUGCGAUUAGCGCGAGUUGAAUGAGUGAUUUUUCUAUGAGAAGGAUCGUGUUGCAUGCGAUUUUUGUGAUUCGAGUGGAAAUUGUUUGAGUGGAAUUGGUGGUGCGCUGAUCAAAUACGCUCCGACUUCUCAAACUGAUCUCCCAUAAAUAAUGCCGUUAGCAUUACCAAUACGAUGAACUAACAAUUUUGAAAUCAAACCGGUAAAAUCAAUAAGUGCAAUAAAAUGGAUACACCUCAGCAAGAUCCUCACCAAAGUGCUUCAGCAAAAUCAAUUAUAUCGUCAGGAGCUCCAACUCCACCCGAACGUCCUCCAACAAAACGAGUAUCAUUUUCCGACGAGCCGCUAACCAAUCCUCCGGAAUAUACAUCGCAACAUUCACGGACUGACCUCGAAAUAGUGUAUGACCAUGCACCAAAUCCAUCCUUUUGUCCUGCAAUGGAACAUGUCCACCAACAAACCUCCAAUUAUUUGGAAAGCUUACAUCGUUUUGAAGAUCACGCCCCUACAACCGAUGAACUGGACAAUCAACAGUUAACAUCCUCCACCCACCAGGAUGAGCUUCUAGAACAAGACGUGGAAUAUCCGGAUUAUAGUCAACGGAAAGAGUUCAGCUGGCCUGAAGUGACGGCAAAAACGGGAGACAAACCCGAGUCUGAGAGUUCUGUUAUGCUUGAUAUAGAACCUGGAUCAGUUGCUCAAAUUGAACCUCUCAGUGAUAGUAAGGAAAUCUCGUCAGCUGUAGUUGAUGAAAACACUGAAGAAGCGAAUCGUCUUUGCAACCAAAAAGUCAAGGACCAAAACUGCAGUUUGAUGGAAUUGGAGGUCAAGCGCGAAAAAUUGCGUUGGAUGCUGAUCUCAGAGUGCAGCGUGUUUUUAGGGGAAGGAAAACAUACCCGCGAAGGACUCAGCAAAAUGUUCGCUCAACCGGAAUUCCUUCAAAACUUCUUUCGUCUUUUCGACUUAGACGGCGAGGGCUAUUUGGCACACGAUAAAUGGGUAGAACACAUCAAGGGUCGUCUAACGGAAGACAAGCAGAUCGACUUUGCCGAACAGCUCGAGUCUGUGGCUUAUGUGAUCUGUGGGGACGAAAAAAUUACGUACAAGGAAUUCUGUGAAAUAUGGAAUGCACCCGGGAUACUAGAUCAGCUCUAUCGCCUCAUAGACGUGGAUGCGGCAAAUCAGAUAUCUACGAGUCAGAUAACGGAGUUCAUUGCACACUUAACGAAUUCGAGACCACGGACCGGUUUCGAUAAAUGUUCUCUGGAACAUUUAGAGAUGAUCUUCCGGCGCACUGUUGGCAACGAAAAGGAAAUCCGACGAGAAGAAUUCAAGAAAAUUGUUACAUCAAAAAACCCAUUCUUCACGGAACGCGUGUUUCAAAUAUUCGAUAAAGACAACUCGGGCACCAUUUCGCUGCAGGAAUUCAUCGAUGCUGUGCAUCAAUUUGCCGGACAGUCGACCGAAGAUAAGAUAAAAUUCUUGUUCAAAGUUUACGAUAUCGAUGGCGACGGUCUUAUCCAGCAUCUUGAACUGCAGCAUGUUAUCCGGGCAUGUAUGGAGGAAAAUGGGAUGCAAUUCUCGGAGGAGCAGGUGGACGAUCUAACAAUGGCACUUUUUGAAGACGCUGAUCCAUUCCAUCGGGGCGCCAUUACAUACGAAGCGCUAAAAGGCCAGCUUGAGAAACAUGACGGGUUACUGGAAAAUCUAAGCAUCAGCAUAGAUCGAUGGUUGGUCCCAGUUAUCCAAGAGCCUCGAAAACAAACCUCUUUACUGCCUCAUCAACUCACAGUAGCUUAUAUCAAGAACAACUACGUUUAUUUAUUCUACUUGGCUGCCUACUUCAUUGUCAAUAUUGGUUUAUUUAUUUCUAGAGCAGUGCAAUAUCGAGAAAGUAAUGGAUUUAUUAUUUUGGCGCGAGCUUGUGGUCAAUGUCUUAACUUCAAUUGUGCUUGGAUCUUGGUGAUGAUGUUACGACAGUGUAUAACUUUCCUGCGGACACGAGGAUUUAGUGCAAUUCUCCCACUGGACCACCAUAUCUAUCUUCAUAAACUUACAGGAGUUAUGAUUGCAAUCUACAGUUUCGUCCAUACUUUAAUGCAUCUCCUGAACUUCAGUAUUGUGGUUGUCAACGACCCAGUGAUAAAUGCACGGAACUUCACCUUAGCUGAAUGGUUCUUCACAGCUCGUCCUGGUCUCUUUGGAUUAAUUGGGGGAGUGGCAAAUCCAACUGGUUUCGCCCUCUUUGUUAUCCUCCUGAUCAUGUUUAUCUGUUCGCAACCAUUUGUUCGUCGUAAAGGAAGCUUCGAGGUAUUCUACUGGACCCACUUGCUGUAUAUUCCGUUCUGGAUUUUGGUAAUCUUCCAUGGGCCCAACUUUUGGAAAUGGUUUAUUGGCCCAGGUGUAAUUUACCUGAUUGAAAGAGUCUUCCGGUUCGUUUGGAUGAAGUCAGAGUAUGGAAAAACUUACAUAAGCUCUGGUCUCCUACUUCCAUCUCGGGUUACACACUUAGUGAUAAAGCGACCAUCUCACUUUUACUUCCGGCCGGGUGAUUAUGUUUUUGUUAACAUUCCUGUUAUCGCGACUUACGAAUGGCAUCCAUUUACAAUCAGUAGUGCUCCCGAACAGGAAGACUAUAUGUGGUUACACAUUCGAGGUGUUGGUGAAUGGACCAAUAGUUUGUAUGCUUACUUUGAGAGAGAGCAAGAGCGACUGCACAACGGUGAAGUGCCACCACAUCGUCGCUCCAUACAAUCUCCUGAUUUACUCUCAUCAAAAAGCACCACACCACAAACUGAUUUCUUAGCAAAGAACCUCUCCAGAAUGCAUAAUAAUCAAAGCUUUGACUCAGGCCUUACACCUAAAUCAAAUGAUAAUGAAAACCCAACAAAUGGCGAUCGUAACUCAGUCACUCCUCAAAGACCACCUCGGUUUAAUCCAGGCACAUCCAGACUUGCCAUUGACAGCUAUCCAGCGGAGACAGCGAAAUACGAGAGACAAAACUCAGAAAGUAGGCCAACUAUUAAGAACAUUAAAGCUUCCUUGCAAAGGACAUUUUCCCGAAAAGAAAAUCGUGAGAAGACUGGUGUGACCAAUGAAGGUUUCAUACCAGACGCAAGCGAUCCAAACUCCAGGACAAAGAUGCUUCUUGCAAAGGUACCACUUGAAAAGAGUUUAUCUGUACCAGAUAUGGAGAAUAGGAUGAAAAAACGUGAAAGAUUGAUGGCGCUGCGAGAAUAUACCAGAUCCGAAUCCGAACGUGCUUUUGAUGAAACCAACAUGCAAAAAGCUCAGAUGCGUGCACUUGGACUGGCCUAUCUUAGCCCUCAGAACAAAUCUUUGGCCCAAAGUUUCAGAUACAUGAGAAAUAAGCCAACCAUUAUUGCUUUCAAAACACCAAGUCUAGAGAAUUGUGAACCAAGAGAGUCAUCGCAGUCAAUGAUUGUGUCUCCCGGCAUGUAUACCCAAAAGGAAGCAGAGGAAGGCAAAAUUAUAGGCAAAGCGAAAGAUUCAUCAGCUUCAGGGGCAACACCUCGUCCAGUUAAUUAUCCUGUUGGAAAACCACUUGAGAUUUACAUAGACGGACCCUAUGGGGCUCCAUCAAGCCACAUAUUUGGAGCCCAACAUGCAGUCCUCAUCGCAACCGGUAUUGGAGUGACACCUUUUGCAUCGAUCCUCCAAUCAAUCAUGCACCGUUACUGGAAAGCACGACACUCAUGUCCUCGAUGUAAUUUCGAAUGGGCCAGCGAAAUUCCUAAAUCAAUCAUGAACCUCAGAAAAGUUGAUUUCUUCUGGAUCAACCGUGAUCAGCGAUCAUUUGAAUGGUUCGUUAACUUAUUAUCUCAAUUGGAAAUCGAACAAGCGGAACUUGGUGGAGCUCUAGAAAGAUUUUUGGAUAUGCACAUGUAUAUUACUAGUGCUCUCCAAAAGACGGACAUGAAGGCUGUAGGAUUGCAGUUGGCGUUGGAUCUGUUACACGAAAAAGAAAAACGGGACCUUAUCACGGGUUUAAAAACACGAACAACUGCCGGUCGACCGAACUGGGAUAAAGUUUUCAAACAGAUCACGGCUCAGAAAAAAGGGAAAGUUACCGUAUUUUACUGCGGCCCACCCGAGCUUGGAAAGACGCUCAGAUACAAAUGUGACCAAUACGGAUUUGCAUUCAGAAAGGAGAACUUCUAGCCAGAUAGAGCCCAUUUCAUGCUUUUCACAUACGAGUACCUCUACCUUACCAAUAUUGUCAAUAUUUUUUUCUGUUUCUUUAAAGUCUCAGUGAUAAUUGUUGAAAUAUGUUUGUUAUUUGCCGUUUUUAUAGGGUCUCCUGGGAUUUUGGUCAUCUUGAUUUGGUUUGAAAUACAAAUUCUAAUAUUUAUAAUUCAUUUGAGUGACAAUAUCCAAUCAACUAUUUUUGAUGUUAUUACGAUUGAUUUAUGAACAAGAUGUUUUUCAUUAG